CCCCACUCCAGCCACUCUCGUUUUGAAUCUCUUUUGAAUAUGUCAAAUGGAAGUAUGUCAGAAUUGUCAGAAAAGUUUGGUUAUGGUUAAAAGUUUUAACAAAUGUCAAAACAAAGACUUUUUUAAGCUCCGUAAACUCACAAAUAAAAAGUUUUAACAGUCGAAAAUAUUGCAAGUAAAACCUUAAAGAUAAAAUCAUAGAAAAAUAAAAAAGAUAAAAUGGCAGAUUACUGGAAAUCCAACGAACGAAAAUACUGCGACUUCUGCAAGUGUUGGAUAGCAGACAACAAACCAAGUGUGGAAUUUCAUGAAAAGGGCAGACGGCAUCAAGAAAACGUUAAGAAACGUUUAAAAGUAAUUACGAAAAACAGUGCUAGAGCUUUUAAGGUCGAACAAAAUGUUGAUGCUGCAAUCAAACAAAUGGAAGCAGCUGCUUUGGCUGCUUAUCGCAAAGAUGUGGAAACUAACUCUAGCGCCGACUUAACGUCUCUAGCAAUUGCCAAAAAAUUAAAAGACGAAAAUUUACAAUUAAGAAAUGAUUCCAAUAAAGUCUGGUAUGAAGCAAAAACAAAAGAAGGACACACUUAUUACUGGAACACAAUAACGAAUGAAACAGUAUGGGAACCUCCAAAAGAUGGUUUUUUAAGUAUUGAUGAACAAAGAGAUGAAAAAGAUCAAGAAGCAUCUAAGCAGUUGAAAGAAAUAGAUAAACAAAGAAGACUAGAAGGAUUGAAAUUGGCACAGGUACAAAAAGCUGAUGAUGAAGAAGAAAGAGCAAGAUUGGAACGAGAAAAACUCAAAGAAAGGAGGGUAAAGGAAGAUAGUCCUCCACCUGUGUAUGGUCCAAUUAUAGAUCCAGGAAAAAAUGAUGCUUAUGGAAAAUGGCAAACUGUUAAAGAAGAGAAACUAGUGGAUUUGCAGUUACCAGUUCAACAAGAAUACUUUGAAUGCCCUAUUCAGUAUGAACCAGAGCCAGUUAAAAGGGAAUUUAAAGAAAAGACUAUUGAAAGUUUGGAUGUUUAUGGACAGUCUUCAUUCAAAAAGAGAAAAAAAAUUAUUGGAAGUAAUAGGAAUACUAGACAAAGGCUAGAUGAUGAUUAAAUGUAAUUUGGGCAUUUAUUUGUUUUAUGUAAAUGGUUUUAGGUUUUUAAAGUAAUUAGCAGA